AUGCAUUAUUAUUAUUUGAUUCUCUUGGGAUUGGCUUAUUGGGUCGUCAAGAGACUUAUCGCGUCGUUUGAGCAGCGUAAAUUUGCUGACAAAAAUGCGUGCCAACCUUGCCGGCGUAUACCACAGAGAGAAAGGCUUAUUGGGUAUCAUCUGUACCUGCAAGAAGUCACUCUGGCUCGGGAGGGCCGGUCUUUGCAAGAGGCGCAGAAUCGUUUUCGGCUAUUUGGGGACACCUUCUCAGGAGUUGUCAUGGGUCAAUUGUUCAUCUCUACUAUUGAUCCAGAAAAUGUGAAAGCGUUGCUAUCAACCCAAUUCAAUGACUUUGACAGUGGCAAGAAGAGUCUUUUUGGGCCUUUCAUAGGAGAUAGUAUGUUGACUACAGAUGGAGCUCUGUGGAAACAUUCAAGGUCACUAGUUCGCCCACAUCUUGGCAAAGACCAAGUAGGGAAUCUCAGCAAGUUGGAAGGUCACAUACAAAAUUUAUUUACAUGCCUCCCAAAUGACGGAUCCACAGUAGAUCUACAGCAGUUAUUCUUCCGACUGACGUUUGACAACGUUAUUGAGCUUCUUCUCAAUGAAAAAGUGUCUACUUUGAAUUGCCAACCAGGAUCCCACCUGUACAACGUUAUCAAAGCAUUUGACAAUGUUGGCAACUUGGUCAAUCGGCGUGCCGCACUCGGUCCUUUGCUUCGUUUCUAUCGAGACACUGAGAUGAAUGCCACAUGCAAGAUCUUACAUGACUUUGUCGACGAAAUUAUCGAAAAAGCUUAUAUAAGACGGAAAAUACGAAAGAUUCUCGAGCAGGGCAACUCAUUCUUAGAUAAUAUUCUUGAUAGUACGGAAGACCUCAUAAAAAUUAGGUUUGAGGUAUUGGGCUUGCUUCUCGCGGGACGGGAUACAGCAGCUAGCGUAAUGAGCAACUUAUUUUUUGUUUUAGCGCAGAGACCAGAUAUUUGGAAAAAGCUCCAAACCGAGGUAGGAUGUCUUCAGGAGCGAAAACCGACAUAUGAAGAUAUCAAGGGUUUAAAGUACCUCCGUCAGGUUAUUGAUGAGACCAUGAGGUUAUAUCCCCCAGUGCCAGGACUCUUCCGCGCCGCGAACUGCACCACUACGCUUCCACGUGGUGGUGGUCGGGAUGGUAAAUCACCCGUUCUUGUUCCCAAAGGGACUGUGAUAAGUUGCUCCACAUUCAGCCUCCAUCGUCGAGAAGAUGUAUAUGGACAUGAUGCGCAAGAAUUCCGUCCAGAGCGGUGGGAUGACCUGAGUACACGCUGGGAGUUUCUGCCAUUUAGUGCAGGCCCGAAAGUGUGUAUGGGUCAGACAUACGGGUAUGCAGAGAUGAUUUACAUAUUGAGCCGAAUAUUGCAAGAAUACGAACGGAUAGAGAGACGGAGUGAUGAGCCUUGGGAGGAAAAGUGGUCCAUUACUUUGUUGAAUGCAUCUGGCACCUAUGUUGGGUUAAUCCCGAAGACAAGCCCGAUGACGGAGCGAAUUUAG